AUGGCCGCCGCGACAGAGAAGACGGCCGAGGACAUCCGCCGCGAGCUCCAGGAGCUCCAGCGCCAGCACCGCGAGAUCACCGAGCGCCUGCGCGACCCCCGUGGCCUUCGCCGCGGCGCCCCCGGCCCUGGUCCUGGACCUGGGGGCCCCCGCCCGCUUCGCGGCUUCGUGAGACCCCCUGUGGGUGCGGAAUCGGGGGAUCAGCCUCCGCAGAAGCGUCGGUUGCUAUCGGCCGUAGUUAAGGUGGAUGGCGCUGAAAAUAACGAGGAAGACACAAAGGAUGCGGAUGCGGUGGGGCAUGAUGCGCCUUCAGGUGUCACUGAAGGCAGUGACAGGAGGGGUUUCAACAAUGGCGGGUUCAGAAGGGAUGGUAACCUGCGGAUGCAGAGGGUGGACUAUAAUUCGCUGCCAGAGCCAGCUCCAAGGGAGCUUCCCAGGAAUGAGGACCCGAAUUUGGUGAGAAGGAAUAAGAGGAUGCUGGGGCAGCUUCUUGUCGGUACAUUAGAGAAAUUUCAACAAGAGGAUAAAAAGUUAUCCAACUCUGAGGCUUUUCUGCGCAGAUCAGAGACUCAGCGAAAGGCUGAGCAAAAGGUUCGUGAAGAAAGUGAAAGGCUGCGACAGCAGGAACGUGAGCAAAUUGCAGAGAAGCGUAAGCGUGAUAUGACGCUUCGCGCACGUGUAGCUGCUAAGGCAGAAGAAAAGAGGUUGGAGCUGUUGUACAUUCAAUGGGCUGGGCAUCAUAAAAGGCUGUCCAAUUUCUUAAGGACAAAAACUGAACCACCUAUUUACUACAUGCCAACUAAACCAAUUAUUGAUGAUCCAGCCAUCGUUGAGCAGAACAAGGAAAUGGCAUUUGAAGAAUGGAAGUCUAUGCGCAGGGCUGAGCUGACUCAGUUCCAAAAGCAAGUUGAGGAGCAAUAUCUCUCAAAUGUGGAGAGGCAGUUGGAGAGGAUCCAGAAUGCGCGGAAUGCUCGGAAGGCUAAUGGGCCUGCUAACAUGCAAGAAAUGGACAAGGAGCUGGACACACACAGGGCAGAGCAUGGUCCGAAGACUAGGCGAGUUUCUGAGGAGGGCGGCAAUGAUGAUGACGAAGAUGCAGAGGACAUGGCUGCGGAAGACGACGAGCUGAUGGAUGAAGUUCUGGGCAUCAACGAUGGAAUCAAUGAGGACCCAUCCAAGCCGUCCGAAGAAGCCACUAUUGAAGGCGGUGAGCCUGCACCCGAGGAAGCACAAUAG